GAACAAGUUGUGGAGCUCUUCUUGAUGUGGUUUAGCCACCAAUGGUGUGGUCAAUUCCUGUGGUCCAGGGGUUGAAAUAUCCUCAGGGGUCCAGGAAAUUCCUGUGAUCCUCAACAAGUCCCUCAGCAGGGGUCGUCUCCCUCCAUGUAAUUACUCCCACCAACUUUUUUGCAAUGCUGCUAUUACGAUUUACGAAUUCAUGGUAUGACAAUUUGGUCAUGAGUGGGGCGAAUUCAGUUCAAGUAUUAUCUAUUAUUGAUUUCCGGCGGAUCAUUAACGAAUGAUGAAUCAAGAAGGCAGAGAAUACUUUAGCAUAUUAUAGUGUAGUUAAAGUUUUGGUUUAAUGGAUGAUGGAUCUGCCGCAAUUAUAAAAAUUACUCGGUCACAACAUUUGACUAAAUACUCGUAUUAGUGCUCUUGGUGGAUCGAUACAAAAAAUCCAAUUUUAAAUUCUAGCCCACAUUUAUGCAUGCAGAAAGUUGAGUUCAGGCAAAUAAAACUCAAACCAUGCAACAAACAACAAGGUAUCUCAUCACAUGAGUUAUAUAGCAGCUCGGAGUGAAGGAGGAAGAAGAGCAUUAUGAAAAAUCAGGGACAACGGGAGGAAGGACGAAUAAUAACAGUUCAUGGUAUUUCGGUUUGUGGGUAGUUGCGCAGGCGGAAGAAAGAACACGGGGCUGGAAAAGGACGAGGACGACGACGACGACGAGUGAGUCGAUCCCCCUUCAAAAAGUUGAGUUCUUCACCACAAAUGCCCGGAUUCUUCACCCAACAAAACCCGUUUCCUGUCCUGGAUGGUCUGCUUGGUUGGCUGGUUGUUGUUACAUACGUGUACAACUUUUGCUGUAUGCAUGCGAAUAGCUACAUCAAAAUAGUACGAAGUUCACCUGGAAUAAUGCCUUGGCUGGGCAGAAGAUCGAAGGUGAAAUCGACUCGUGUACGAAAUCACUCAUGCAAACCUUCACAAAAGUAACAUGAUCAAAAGCAUCAUCAAUGCAGAUGAUUUCUCAUCAAUCCUCAUUCAUUCAUGCAGAUGCAGAUAAUAAGUGCCCCAUUGUACAUAUGUACAUACUUAACAAAGCAAUUAUUAUCAAGCUUAUCUCUGCUUAUGCAAAAGUCUAGCCACCCGGAAUUAGUAAUAUGCAUAAGCAGUAUUAAGAGAUGAGAUAACACAAACCAAGGUUUAAUACAUACAUCUCAUAUCUUGUCAGCUGAUGGAAUGAAUCAGUAGAAUAAUGCACACAGGCUCAUUAUGUUAUGUAAACACACUUGUUAAGUGUAUAAUUCCGUAUUAUGUAUUAUGUAGCAUGUACUCAUGGACAUGGAUAAUUUUUUAAUGAUGAAUUGAAAAUCUCUUUCCACCUUUCCACCUGAGGUACAAAUUAUGAAAUGGAACAAUUCAAAACUUUUUUGCAAAACUGCAUUGCAAUUUGCAAUGCAAAAUUCCAAACUUUUUGAGACGACUGGAAGUGAUGGAAUUCAGAAGUGAGAAAAGUGGGAAUGGGCGGAAGGAGCGAGUUUUUGUACUUUUCUCACUUUUUCUCACUCACGUACACACACCAACACUCUUCGCGAUAGUCGCGAUCACAUGAACUCACAAAAAUAUAAACUUUGCCUUUCUGCCUUUUUCUCUUCAAAUCCAGCUCAAUCAUCAGUUUUUUUUCUGUUCUGAUUGUUGUCCGUCAGUGUCCUUCCUUUUCUGUUCCUUUUGUGGGAUGUAACUAAGCUGCCCCAUAAUCUCUCCACCAGCAACGACAAAUUGAUUGUAGGUGGUGAGCGGGUCCGUGUCGUCUGGUGAAGGAAAAACGAGGUCGGGGUCAAUUUUUGGCAAUAAGGGGUAGUAAAGACAAGGGAAGAUGGACGCCCGGACCAGAAUGUUCAAGGAGAUGAUGUCGACAUCCACCCAUUCGGCGGAGGCUGUACAAGGGCGAAAAGUUCCCUACCUCCUCUGUCCCGUCAAGAAGCCGGAAGAGUACUCGGAUAACGAGAGGAACUGGUUGAAACAACGGGAUGAAGGUCGGAAAUCGCACUCGCCCAGCGGCUGGUGGAACUAUUUCCAAGAUUGCGUCGAGGUCAAGAUUCGGAACGGGGACUCGCUUGCAUUGUGGACUAGUCGAAGUAAACUGGAUAGUGGAAGUGGUACUGGGGGUGUUCCUGUCAGUGGGGGAGGAGGGGGUGGGAUUUCUAAUAUCGGUGGUGGUGGCGAUCCGUUCAUCCUGUUUCUGCAUGGUGGUGGCUACUCUGGACUGACUUGGGGUCCUAUGAUCGAUGAACUGAGUCGCCUGAUUGUUGCACAGUACGGAGCUUUGGAUCUCAGGGGACAUGGAGAGUCAAGGUGUUGGGAUGAGGAUAAUUUGUCCUUGGAAACUUUAACUAUGGAUAUUCUCGAUGUAAUCAACUGGUUGAAAGGGAAUGAAGUUUUCCAACUUGCAAAUCGUCCCCUGAUCAUUGUGGGUCAUUCCAUGGGUGGAGCGUUGGGAGUGAAUGUGUCUUUAAGCCUCCAGGAAUUAAAUGAAGUCAAGUUGGCAGGACUUGUCGUGCUGGAUGUGGUUGAAGGAUCCGCACUUUUGGCCUUGAACUCAAUGCAAUUUGUUUUAAGAAAUCGGCCACGAGAAUUUGAGUCCAUUCCGGAUGCUAUCCAGUGGUGUACCCGCAGUGGUCAAACGAAAAAUGUGGACUCUGCUCGUAUUUCGAUGACUGGCCAAAUUAUGCAAAAAUCUUCAGGAAAAAUGGCAACACAGUUUGUCACUCGUCGGAAGGAUGGAGCAGACGAAUCUUGUGAUACUCAGACUGUUACAGCUAAAAAACGGGUUUGGGAAAAAGAAGACAAUUCAGGAAAUGGCAAUAUCUCUGAGGAGUCGGCAGUUUCAACUGUCCCACAAAAUUUUGUUUGGAGAAUUAAUCUUUCUCUGACAGAACCACAUUGGAAGGGAUGGUAUCAGGGACUAUCUAAAAAGUUUUUGUCCGUCCGAUGUCCAAAGUUGCUGAUGCUUGCCGGACUCGACCGGCUGGACAAAGAAUUAACCGUUGGGCAAAUGCAGGGGAAGUUUCAGAUGCAAGUUUUUCAUCAAGUUGGUCACGCCAUUCACGAAGACGUUCCAGAUAAGGGGGCCGAAUGCCUUGCUGCUUUUCUCUGCAGGCAGCGAAUCGCAGUUGCUAAAGGUCAUUUGCCAGCCGCCCUGCCAGGAUGUUGAUGAUGGAUCGUCUUUUUAUUAUCAUUAUUAUAUAACCAAAACCAACCAAACAAGAGAGAAUCUUUUAAUCCAUUUACUUGCGAAAUUUUCGUUUCAUUCAGUAUUUAAUAAUGCCAUGCCUGUUAUUUUUCCGUGAUAAUUUCUUCGUGCCCUAACAAGAACAUACUAAAGACAUUUUUACUGGCUUCUUCGUUAUCCUUGUCGGAUUCAAUGAAUGAGUCCACAAAUAUAAACCAAUCCUAUCUGGUUACAAUAAAUUUAGAAGUACAAAUUUU